AUUCAUUCAAAGAGCGAGUGCCAGUCUGGAGUAUCCUUGUGUCUGGAAAUAAAUUACUGUUUUCGGCUCGUCCUUGCGGCCUAAUCGGACUAGUUGUGCACAACAAAGCGAGCCCAGUACCGUCGGGUGACAAUAGUUGACUGUUUGAAUAUGUGCCAACGUUCGUGCCUCCGCAAAUCGCAGCCAAAGAUACGGAAGUCUGGCUCACCACGGCGCUGCUAGAAGAAACCUUGAAGGAAAGAAGAAGAAUAUCAGAGCCACUCCUGCGCCCAUUGUUACUUGUGAACGAAUCGGAAUCGGUUUUCUGAACUCCUUGGUGAUUGUUUAGUACGUGCUGCUGCAGGUUCUGGAUUUUUUUUUCCUAUCACGACGUUGAGCAAGACAAAUCUAUCACGAUGAUGAAAAGCUUGUUUGGCCGGAAGAGUGCCAAAGAAAAUGACCGUAACAAAAUAUCCGAGAUUGGCCUGCCCACAAAUGUGGUGCACGGUAUUCAUGUCAGCAAAAACCAUCUCACGGGCGAUCUGGAGGGUCUGCCGAAGGCAUGGAUUCGGCUCAUGGACGCGUCCAUCACACACGACGAGCAGAGCAAGAAUCCGGAAGCUGCCUACCAGGCAGUCAAGUUUUACAACUACUCAAUCAAGAAAAAGGAGCAGGCAGAACCGUUCAAACCAUUCAUCACCGAGGAUGCCAUCCACGAAGAAACGGAAUCGAUCGACCAGUUUCUGGACAUGAAAAAUGCGCACAAAAGCGAAGAUUCCCUGGAGGAAAACUUUGCCGAGGUGUCUCCGCCGCCGCCUCCACUGCCGAAAAAGUCAAUGACCUUGCCUCCGAAGCCACAAAUCAUGCCUAAACCUAAAAAUUACCCCAGUAAACUGUGCAAGGGUGUUGAAAACCUAAACCUGUACCAGAGUGGCAAUAAGGACACGAUGAUUAUACACAACAACGAUGCUGCCUUGGACAGUCACAAGAGUGCGUAUGAUUUGGUGAAUAAGGUUGAUUUAGACGGCGAAGAGCUCAUACUGAGGCCUAAGGAACCGAACGCACGGGUACCGAAGAGCGAUGAACAGGUCUACAAGGAGCUGAAGCGGAUUUGCAACAUGAGCGAUCCUCUCGAAAGAUACGAGAAAACAGUCGAAGUGGGCAAAGGUGCUUCCGGGGUAGUGUUCAUUGCCGUCGAUCGUCAAACGAAUCAAAAGGUGGCAAUCAAAACCAUCGAUAUGAAAAAUCAAUCGUCCAAAGAAUCCAUCCUAAACGAGAUUAAUGUACUGAUGGACUUUAACAAUAAAAACUUGGUCAACUUCCUCGAGGCCUAUUACCUGGAAGCGGAAGAUCACCUGUGGGUUAUCCUGGAGUACAUGGACGGUGGACCGCUAACGGACGUGGUCACCGAAACGGUGAUGAAGGAUCGUCAGAUUGCGGCCGUUUGCCGAGAGGUUCUGCAGGCCAUCAGCUUCCUGCACUCCAAGGGCAUCAUUCAUCGGGACAUCAAGUCGGACAACGUGCUGCUAGGCAUGGACGGGUCGGUAAAGGUCACCGACUUUGGCUUCUGUGCCAACAUCGAGGGAGAUGAAAAACGGCAAACCAUGGUGGGCACUCCGUACUGGAUGGCACCCGAGGUUGUGACACGUAAGCAGUACGGCAAAAAGGUGGACAUCUGGUCGUUGGGCAUCAUGGCAAUCGAAAUGAUCGAAGGGCAGCCGCCGUAUCUGAACCAGGCACCGCUGCGUGCUCUUUAUCUGAUCGCUGCGAACGGGCGUCCCGACAUCAAAAGCUGGGACAAGCUGUCGGACAACCUGAAAGAUUUUCUCGACUGCUGCUUGCAGGUGGAGGUGGACCAGCGGGCAUCGGCCGACGAUCUACUCAACCAUCCCUUCCUGCAGGACUGCAUGGAGCUGCGAACUUUAACACCUCUGAUCAAAGCUGCGAGGCGUUUGCUGAAGCGUGACAACUGAGCGAUUCGUACAGAAGUAAAACAAUUCAAACGAGUGCCGAUGUGGCUGUGAAAAAUUAGUGCCUUAAAAUAAAUCGAUUUUUGUUCGCGCGAAACGAGAAAAAAAACCGAAGAGUCAUGUGAAGAGCUAGAAAAGUUAAAAAUUGAUAAGGUUUCAACACUUUUUUCCCUUCAUGAUAAGAGCUCGACUUUGAAAGGCGUUGCAGUCAAGAUUAGUAAAUGUGGUGUAUGGCGCGAAGAAAACUGAUUGAAAUUUAUUUUCCAUGCCCGCUACAGUGUUUGAAGUAAUCGUCCAUUUUGUGAGCAGUGUGUUUAGUGUAUUCGGAGACAUAAAGUGGAGCACAAUUGAAAUUAGUCUCUCUUUAGCGUGGAACAAGUCGAAGAAGGAAUGUGCGUAAUUACGGGACAUACAUCAUCCAACGAUAAGGCAACGUUGACGUUUGAAAUUUGAAUUUGGGACAGUGGUACUAACUUGGUGUGCUGUCUACCUAUUUCGCAAAAAUAUCAACUUGGCUACCAUCCUCCUCAUAUGGAGCUGCCAAACCUAUAGGUACCGGUUCUGUGUCGGUUAUAAUCAGUUACCAAAGCUUUAUUUACCUAUACGAAAGAGGACACAGCAAGUGAUAAGAUGAAUCAAAGAGCGUUCCGAAACCGAGUGUGACUCAUGCAUGUUUUCCCGUUACGAGGUGUCUUUAAGAGCUCUCCACGGGUAAAACGUGACUGAGCGCUCAUAAAUUGUGCCAUGAAAAGAGGAAAAGGGGGAGGAGUAAUGCUUUCACUUUCUUUUUGAUUAAGAAAAUUGCUUUCUGUCAAGAUCAUCUUCGGGGAUUUCUGCUUUGCCCCGCGUCGCUUAUGUUGUGUGUUCUAUUCCGGUGGAUGUUUACACAUGUAGAUUGUGAACGGAGUGCGCUCUGCUGUGUAGGAAAUGUAUAUUCGAUGAUUUGAGGUUCGCGUGCAUGUUUUCCAUAAUGAAAUAACGACUUGGAACGGGCUGUAGACAGCACUUUAUACCUUGCUUCGAUACAAACACACACACACACACAAACGCGCACCAACACUCUUCAAGUAAAGUAGAUGUCUGUAAAUAAUAAUAAAGGCAUGAGGCAAACUGCCUAUGCUUAAGUACGUAAGUACGAAUCAUUGUUGUGUACAACCAGGGCCUUACAUUGAAUACUGGCGAAGAAGAUCUGUCUACAGGCCGCAGCGUUAGCAGCGAGAAUUGAGAGAGCACGAGUAAUCUUCGGUGCUCAGAACUGUGAAGGUGUCACUUAAUGGCAAAUAAUCAUAAAAUUAAUUUGACCUUUCUCGAUAUACUACACACGUCGUCAGUCGUGGCUACAUCAUUAGAUUCGCCCCGUUCCAAGUCCAGCUGAAAAAAUACCAAUCAACCUAGGGCCUUACCGUUGGAUGAGUAGAACUCGUUUGAACUGAAAAUACCAAAACCAGCAGCAAUAACGUUGAGCUCAAUUUUUUCGACAAAAAAACCCCGCCGUCACUUAGUGACGAGGAAGAAAAACGCACCAUUCAAACGCGUGACGCGUGAAAUAUUGUAAAGGAACGCACUAGUUCGACAAAAAAAACACCCACAAAUCUGUAACCAAUGCAUCCCUUGAUAUACUUAUACGAAGCAAAACUACAUUGACUGAUAUAGAGUUGAGAACAAAGUUUGAUACACAAAAAAAACAUUUUAGAGAGCCAUCAAAUAUUCUUGGAAAAAUUUAUCUUUAUAAACGCGUAUUGAAGCAUACUAUUGUAUAAAGUAAGUUUAGUGCUAGGAUUACGACACAUGAUAAAAAUGUCACACUAGAAGUAAUGAAUAAAAAAAGUACAGCAGGCAUGAACACGAAACAAUCACCGCACAACAGCUACCAAGUAUGGCAAUAUGUAUCGCAUUUAUAAGCAACACCCCUUAAUUUUCUAUAUUCCUAUUAUAUUUCCAUUCUAUGGCAAGCAAAAUAAAAAUCAAGCCCUUUUAUACGAAACAAUUCCACAUCCUUGUUUUAGGUAAACAGUAACCAUCAGUUUUCUGUCGCGUAUUUUAUUGAAUAGUUGUAAUAAAAACAUAAUUUUACGCAUAUCAUUGACUCAGUGUAUUACGUAUGAGCGUGUACAUAAGUAUUGGUCACUUCAACAGCAUAACAAAUUGAAGUAGGAACAAUGACACAAAACAUUUUAUUUCCGUAUUACAUAAGCAUAGCAGUAUCUUACGAGACCAACAUUAUUGUUUGAUUUAUCCAAUAAAGCAAAUCUUGUAAAAUAGUCAAACGAACCUUGUAAAACGCAAUAUGAUUUGAACGUAAUAGCUCCUGUAUGGUUGAUUACGAUGAAAAUUAAAACAGAUAUUUCCUGCGAGUCGUAUGUAGAACAUAAUGCCACAAUAAUCAUGAAUGUCAAUUUUCUAUUGUAACAA